CAACGUGAUCUCGCCUAAGGGACCGAGCGGAAGUCCUGGAGUCCACGCCGCGCGGAGUGCAUGCUGGGGGCCGGAAAAAAGAGGAAAUUCCGGUAGCCGAUCCGGCGACUGCAAACUCCGGUGGUAGGGGAGCGCGCGGCAGUUUAAAGCCACGAGGUGCCAGAGCGCCUGAUUCCUGCGCCGAAGUCAGAAGUGGCGGGAAGUCCGCAGUCGCUGUAAAACCUGAGACUGUGUGUGAGCCAUGGUGGGGAGAUCCCGGCGGCGCGGAGCAGCUAAGUGGGCAGCUGUGCGAGCCAAGGCAGGUCCCACCCUCACCGACGAAAAUGCAGAUGAUUUAGGAUUGCCACCCUCACCGGGGGACACCAGCUACUACCAAGAUCAGGUAGAUGACUUUCAUGAGGCACGAGCCCGGGCCGCCUUAGCUAAGGGCUGGAAUGAAGUACAGAGUGGAGACGAGGAGGAUGGCGAGGAGGAGGAGGAGGAGGAGGUGCUAGCCCUAGAUAUGGACGAUGAGGAGGACGAAGAUGGAGGGACUGCGGGGGAGGAGGAGGAGGAUGCUGAUGAUGAUGAUGGUGGGAGCUCCGUGCACAGUGAAGCUGAGGCCUCUGUGGAUCCCAGUUUGUCGUGGGGUCAGAGGAAAAAACUUUACUAUGACACGGACUAUGGUUCCAAGUCUCGAGGCCGGCAGAGUCAACAGGAGGCAGAGGAGGAGGAAAGAGAGGAGGAGGAGGAGGCACAGAUCAUUCAGCGGCGCCUAGCCCAAGCGCUGCAAGAGGAUGAUUUUGGUGUCGCCUGGGUUGAGGCCUUUGCAAAACCAGUGCCUCAGGUAGAUGAAGCUGAGACACGGGUCGUGAAAGAUUUAGCUAAAGUUUCAGUGAAAGAGAAGCUGAAAAUGUUGCGAAAGGAAUCACCGGAACUCUUGGAGCUGAUAGAAGACCUCAAAGUCAAGUUGACAGAGGUGAAGGAUGAGCUGGAGCCAUUGUUACAGCUGGUGGAACAGGGGGUCAUUCCACCCGGAAAAGGAAGCCAAUACUUGAGGACCAAGUACAACCUCUACUUGAAUUAUUGUUCGAACAUAAGUUUUUACUUGAUCCUGAAAGCUAGGAGAGUCCCAGCACAUGGACAUCCUGCCAUAGAAAGGCUUGUUACCUACCGACAUUUGAUCAACAAGCUGUCAGUUGUGGAUCAGAAGCUGUCCUCGGAAAUUCGUCAUCUGUUGACACUUAAGGAUGACGCUGUAAAGAAAGAACUGAUUCUCAAAGUAAAAUCCACCAAGCCCAAACCAAAGUCUGUUUCAAAGACUUCUGCUGCUGCCUGUGCUGUUACAGAUCUUUCUGAUGAUUCUGAUUUUGACGAAGAAGCUAAACUGAAGUACUAUAAAGAACUAGAAGACAGGCAAAAGCUAAAGAGAAAGAAAGAAGAAAACAGCACUGAAAAACAGGCUCUUGAAGAUCAAAAUGCAAAGAGAGCCAUUACCUAUCAAAUUGCUAAAAAUAGGGGACUUACUCCUAGGAGAAAGAAGAUUGAUCGCAAUCCCAGAGUGAAACACAGGGAGAAGUUCAGAAGAGCCAAAAUUCGAAGAAGAGGCCAGGUUCGUGAAGUUCGUAAAGAGGAGCAACGCUAUAGUGGAGAAUUAUCUGGCAUCCGGGCAGGAGUUAAAAAGAGCAUUAAGCUUAAAUGAAGUUUUUGCUUAGCAUAAGGUUUUUGGCAAUUUUGGAUCAAUAAAUUUUUACUUUUAACUAAAAUGAUUGUAUUAAUGUAUAAUACUUUAAAUUUUAAAAAUUCUUGUCCACAGGGAAAUUUGGGUUAUGGGACAAUUUAUAUUAAGGUUAUAUAAGAACUGUGGGAGCAAUAUGAAGGUGCUUAAGAGAUGAUGUUGAAGUUUUCCAAUAUUCUGUUAAGUAUUAGCUUAGGGAAAUUUCACAGUUCAUUGUAGGAAUGUUAACCAAACUUAGAACAUGUGUAACUUUUUGCAUAAGGAGAAUGCACCUUUGACCGUUAUUUGAAAGGCAGCCUAUAAAAUAGUUCUGACAUAUUUUAUUUACCUAACUAUAAUUAUUGGGCCAGAUACUUGUUAAUAAAUGGGCUUAAUGUCAACAUGGA